AUGGCUAGGGCUAAGAAGAAUAAUAUCCAGAAUCAAAGAUCUAAAGAGUGUAUGAGAAAAUUAAGGCAAAGAAUAAAGAACGACCCUAUCUUAUAUGAAGAGCAGAAACAAUAUACUCCACCUGGGACUCCGAUAUUAUUUGACCAUGGUAGAGAUGUUGCAGGGCCAUCCAGGCAAUCUGUUUCAGGAAAGAGAAUCCAAAGGAGAAAUAGAGAUGAACUUAAGAAAAAAAUCAAGGUUCUAGAAGAAAAGUUGCGAAAAUCAGAUAAACGAGUUAGAAAAUAUAAAAAAAGGUUAAGUCGAAAGGCAAAGCAAGAUCCUGAUACCCCCAAAAAGAAAGUGAAAAAGAUGCUUUUUAAACAACAAGUAACGCCAGAAGUUAAAAGAAAUUUACUCGCCGGAGAAGCUCUGAAAGAACAAAUAAAAAUUAAUUUUAAGGAACAAAAGAAAGGUGUUGAGAAAAGAAAUGUUCUCAAUAAUAUUACAGGAAAAGUAAUAAAAAAGUACAAGUUUAAAAAUUUGUUGGGUCAAAUUACUUCUAGAAGAGGAAUGGAUUCCAGAAGGGCCUCUAAUGAAAGAAAAGCUGUUCUGUUCAAAAUUAAACAAAAAAUUCAAACAUUCUUUGAAGUAGGUAAAAUCAGCAGAAUGUGUCCUGGCAAAAAGGACACUAUUACAUUUCGGAAAGCAAAAAAACAGAAGAGGUACCUAAAUGACAGUUUAAAAAAUAUCUAUGAAGAUUUUAAAAAGACCUAUCCAAGAAUUACUAUAAGUUAUUCCAGUUUCUGCAAACUUCGACCUUUUUGGGUUGUUUUUCCUACAGCUCAAAAAAGAGAAACAUGUUUGUGUAUAUUACAUGAUAACUUUGAAUUAUUAACAACUAAAUUAAAAUCGUCAAAAAUUUUAGUAUCUGGUAUGCCUACAAAUGUAAUUAAAGAGAUUUGUUGUGAUGUGAGAAAUGAAAAUUAUUUAUUAAGAGUUUGCAAAGAUUGUUUGGGAAAUGAAAUAAAGAUUUUAGAUUUUAACAAAGAGGAAGUUAUUAGUUACGAAAAGUGGAUCACUAAAAAAGUAGAAAUAAGUAUUAAAGGAGAGACAAAGAUGUGUCAGAAGACAAUUAAAGAAAAAGUAGAAUGUAAGAAGGAGGAAGCCGUUAAUCACUUUAAAAAAUUAGUUCCUAGCUUUCUGAAACAUACUCAAAAUAUAGUGCACCAAUACCAUGCAAUUGACGUUAUAAAAAAGCAACUUGCUGUUGAUGAGGUUCUUAUACACAUCGAUUUUUCGGAAAAUUACGGCUGCAAAUAUGGAAAAGAAAUACAAUCCGCCCAUUUUGGAGGGUCCAAGCAGCAGAUUAGUAUGCAUACAGUAAUUAUUUAUUAUAAAAAAAAAAAUGCACCUGACAUGAAAAACGUGUCCCUUUGCACUAUGUCUGAGAAUCUUAGACAUGAUCCGUCGGCCAUUUGCGCACAUUUACAACCCGUUUUCGAUGAAGUUCAGCAUCUCGUUCCAAAUUUAAGAACAAUCAAUUUUUUGAGCGACGGGCCUAGCACCCAGUAUAGAAAUAAAAAGAUGUUUUUCUUCAUGGCCAAAUAUAUUUCCAAUGCAGUCGGAGCCGAACAAUUAAGAUGGCACUAUUCAGAACCAGGUCACGGCAAAGGUGCACCAGAUGGUGUGGGUGGUUGCCUUAAAAAAAUGGCAGACAGGUUGGUAUCCCAUGGUAAAGACAUACCGAAUUUUGAUAUAUUCCUUAAAGAGCUUACCGAAAAUUGUCGUGGUAUUAAAUGCAUUCCUAUAGCAUCGCAAAGAAUUUCUGAGAUGAACUCUCUAUUACCAGAAAAUUUUAAACCUUUUAAAGGGACUAUGGCCAUCAGAGAAUUGGCUUGGCAUAAGCAUAAACCAGAUAUCAUGUACGCUAGAACACUUACCUGUGUUGGUUGCAAUGUAAACAUUGAAUGUCCUCAUUAUGGAUUGGGCAUCACUAUAACUAUAUGCUCUCGAUAG